AUGUGGGUCUGCAUCUCCCGCAAGCUGGAUGUCCGUGCUCAUACACGAGAGAUCAUUGAGUCUGCUGCAAAGGGAGAAUGCCCACGUGUCGAUAAUCUUGAUACUCUUCAGUGCAAAUUAAGUGACAUGCUGCAACAGUCAGAGAAAUUCCUCCUUGUCUUGGAUGAUGUCUGGUUUCAAGAAUCCGCAGAUGAGAUAGAAUGGCAGCAACUUCUAGCUCCUCUAGUUUCUCAGCGGGUGGGCAGCAAAGUUUUGGUUACUUCUCGACGGGAUACAUUUCCUGUUGCUCUUUGUUGUAAACAUGUGGUUCAUUUGGAAAGCAUGGAAGACACGGAAUUCCUGAAACUUUUCAAAUACCAUUCCUUCUCAGGAGCAGAAAUCAGAGAUGAGCAGCUGCGUGCAGAGCUAGAUGGGAUUGCAGUGAAGAUUGCUAAACAGCUUGGACAAUCUCCUUUGGCAGCACAAGUUCUGGGUUCUCAGUUAAGCAGGAAUAAAGAUCUCACCACAUGGAAAGAUGCUCUAAAACUUAAGCGGACCCAGGAGAGCUCUAUUGUGGACUUAUUUCCAAAAGGCCACAAGUAUUCAGUUGAGGAGUUGCUUUAUCUAUGGAUAGCAGAGGGACUUGUUGAUUCACGCAACCAAGAUAAGAGAAUGGACGAUAUUGGAAGGGAUUACAUCAAUGAGAUGGUCUCUUGUUCGUUCUUUCAAACUUCUGAAAGUUUAUAUGGUACAAGAUUGUAUGCUGUACAUGAUCUCCUACAUGACUUGGCAGAGGAGCUGUCUAGAGAGGACUGCUUCAGACUAGAAGAUGAUAAUGUGACAGAAAUACCAUGUGCUAUUCGACAUUUAUCUGAUCGUGUAGAGAGUAUGAAAAAGCACAAGCAAAGUAUCUGCAAGAUUCAAAAUUUACGCACUGUUAUCUGCAUCGACCCCCUUGUAGAUAAUGUAAGUGAUAUUUUCCAUGAGGUACUGCAGAAUUUGAAGAAAUUACGUGUAUUGUAUUUGUGCUCUUAUGAUGGAAGGAAGUUACCUCAAUCUGUUGCUGAUCUGAAGCAUCUUCGGUAUUUGAACCUCAUUAGAACUUCAAUUUCUGAACUGCCUGGGUCAUUGUCCACUCUCUACCACUUACAGAUACUUCUCUUCAAUUUCAAAGUUAAGAGCCUGCCUGAUAAAAUUUGCAAUUUAAGUAACCUACAGCAUCUGGGAGCAUAUCUUGAUGAAUACUAUGGUUAUCCAGUUGAAGAUGGGGCCCCUCCGAUUCCUUACAUGGGCAAGCUAAUUUCACUACAGGAACUUCAAAAAUUUAGUGUGCUUAGGCUGAAGGGAUAUGGUUUGGGACAGCUGAGGGACAUUAAUAAUCUUGGUGGCAUCUUAAGUAUCACAAAUCUUGAGAAUGCCACUGGAAAAGUCGAAGCCUUAGAGUCGAAGCUCCAUCAGAAAAGGCAUCUUGAGGGAUUGCGUCUGAACUGGAGUUUUGACAAUGACUUGCACGGAGAAGAUAGUUCUCAUUUGGAUGUUUUUGAAGGGCUGAUGCCUCCGCCUGGGCUAAAGUUUCUUCUCAUUUGGGGUUACAAAUCUUCUGCAUAUCCAAGCUGGUUACUCAAUGGGUCAAGUUCUCGAAUUAAAAAAACAAUAUUGGAAGAGCAUUCAUAUCUGAAGCAGAUGAUGCCACUGAUGGAUACUGAUGUAGCAGAACAUCUUCGAGUCAUUGAAAGCAGUCUAGCUGGUGGAAGAGAUGAAGCAUUUGUGAAAGAAAAUAUCAUCAAGGCAUGGAUACAUUGCCAGGAGCAAAGGAUAAAACUCCUCUAUAGAAAUAGCCUUGGGACACAAUUUGUUCCACCAUCAACACUUUGCGAACUUCGUCUUUGUAAUUGCAGUAUUACAGAUUGGGCUUUAACUAUUUGCCUUGGAGGCCUCAGUUCACUGAAUCGUUUACAAUUACAAGGUAUUAUGAGUCUAACUACACUCCCGUCAGAAGCAGUCUUCCAGCACUUGAAAACACUGCACAGUUUGGUUAUUUUGGAGUGCUGGUGUAUCAGAUCAUUAGGGGGCAUAAAUGGUGCAGCAUCUCUUUUAAGCGUUUAUCUAAGUUCUUGUCCUUCUUUGGGAUUGGCUCAUGGAGUCGAAUCUAUGCCAUUGUCCCUUGGGGAGCUCGAUGUAUCCAACUGCAUGCUUGCAAGUGAGACUGUGUAUGACUGCAAAAGCUCUGUUCGCUUAUCGGUUGGUCAUCUUACCUCCUUGAAGACACUCGAACUACGUCAUUUGUCAGAUUUGUGCAUGCUUGAAGGAUUACCUUCCCUACAACUUGAUGAGUUGACAUUGGUGCUAGUUCCAAAGCUCUCAGCCAACGAACCACCCUUCCGCUGGCAAGACGCGCUGCUGCUGCUGCAGCGCUUCUCGCCGCCAGCGCCAAGCUGCUGCCACGCCACGCCAUUGCUGCCGCAUCAGAUAAUCAAGAACAUUGAUUCAGAUGUCCUUAGCAAAAUAGCUUUAGACUGUGGGAUUAAUUUGGGUGACACAGUAGAGGAUGUUGAUGCUUCCAUUGAUCUGAUUAAAGCCAAAGAACUAGCUCAAGCCACUUUGGCUGAGGCUGAAAAAUCUAAAGAACAGCCAAAAACUUCAGAGCAAGUGUUAGAGGUGGAUGACUCAGAAGGUGAUUUCAAUGAGGAACACUCCAAGAUGAUACUUGAAUUGGAAGAGGUGACGGACUCAGAAUGUUUAGAGGUGUGGAACAUUGAGCAGAGGAGGAAAGGUGGUAUGCCUUUUACUUGGGAGCGGAUACCUGCCAGGGGACAUUCUGGGGGGUUGCUAAUGGGAAUAGAGGAGGAUUUUGCAGAGGUGAUUAAGAUAGAGGUAAAUGAUCAUUUUCAGGCAAUGACCAUGGUACAGAAGGAAGAUAAUUUCAGAUGGAGACUAAUCAGUGUAUACGGCCCUGUUAAAGAUAAUCAAAAGCAGGCCUUUCUCAAUGAGUUAGAGGUGCUGAUCAAUGAUGAAGAUAUUCCCACUCUGGUUGGAGGUGAUUUGAACCUAGUAAGGAGAAUUGAAGAGAAAUCUUCUGGCAAUGUAAACACCAACCUGAUGGAAGCUUUCAAUAAUUUUGUGGCAGAGACUGAACUUAGAGAAAUGCAUAGAGGUGGUAGCCAGUACACUUGGACAAACAAACAGACCAAUCCUAUCAUGGUUGUCCUAGAUAGGGAUUUCAUGAACAUGAGUAUGGAAGCACACUUUCCUUUGGCCAGUGCUCACUCUGUUACCAGAAUUGGUUCAGAUCAUAAUCCCUUGGUUGUGGAUCUGUUUUCUAAUAGAGGUGGAAGAUCAAGGAUUUUCAGAUUUGAGACUGCAUGGCUGAAGUAG